AUGCAUUUCGCGGGGCGCUUGACGUUCACGCUGUUCCAAAACUUCAAGGGCAAGCGCAAGCCGUACGAGCUCAAGUACCAGAGCCCCGCGGAUAAGGAAAAUCCGCGCAACAUGGGGCACAAGACGUUCGCCGUGGUGGGCGGGCAAGUGGCGCUUUACGGCAUGCCGGGCGGCAGCAACACGCCCUCGUGGGUGCGCCUUACUGAGACGGCCAUCGCGAGCGCGCGUGCGAUCUACGUGGACACGGACGUGACACGCUGGGCGCCGGGGAUGACGAUCGCGCUGGCAUCCACGUCAGCAGAUCUCAACGACGCGGAGCACCACAUCAUCGCGUCCGUGUCGGUCGUCACGCCCGCGUCGGCACCCGGGAAGAGCGACGGCCGGUACCAAAUAAAUUUAAGGACUCCGCUUAAGAAUCAGCACGACGGCGAGGAGAUAUCGGAUGGGGUGGGAGGGACGGUGGGGAUUUACGGAGAAGUCGCGCUGUUGGGUCGGCACAUCGUGAUCACGGGGAGUGACGAGCCUGCGCCAAAUAACUAUGAUGGUGAGAUGAGAGGAUUCUGGCUAGAAGCGAACGUAUACAUGAGAGGGCUGUCGCGGCUGCUUCCGAAAAUCGGGUCAUCAAUACCCUUCUAUUACAACUGGGGCACGUGGGACGGCAACCACGCUCACUCCAACGCCCUCUUUGGCUUCCGCACCUACCCCCAUGGGUCGCGGCCCCGAUACCCAUCUGCCAUCCAGAAUCCACGCGUCUCCCUUAAGAAUUUCCUCAUUUACCGCAACAAGGCAGGAGCCUCCACUCAGCAAGCCAAGCCUGUAGCAGCAGCAGCUCUUGCUGAUGCCAAUGUCCCAGCCGGCCCCACCACUCUGUGGGAGCCCUUCACUCUACAAGCCUCUCUGGGCCCUCUCGAUCUCUACUUCGAUGUUCUGGCCAGUACCAACAACAGCAGCAGCUGCAGCAGCAAUGGAAGCUACACGUCUCCGGCUUAUACCAAUAAGGGGGAUCCUUAUAACAAGGCGUUUCAGGACCGGGGGACAGCGGUGGAGCCUGGGACAGGAGAUGGGGGCACUGACCCUAUAGUAACGCUUGGGGAGAAAGUUGGGACAUUUGAGGCGCCUGUGGGAGUCACGAUGAGUCAGAGCAACCCGGGGGACAACCUGUUUCCUAACGGCAUCCAAGAUAGCUCCUUCCACCGCUUUGGCACGUGCAGCAGCAGCAGCUUUGGGAUCACUCUUAUUGCCCACAGGGCGGGCGGAUAUUGGAACACUGCCAUGUUCGUUAAGGGACUUGUGUUUGGUUCGGGGACCAACAAGUUCUGGGCCACACCCAAUCCCUCCUCCGGCAUCCUCCCCCGGGGAGGCCUCGUGGCGCGAUUCUACGCCAUCCGAGAUCUGGACGGGUCACUUCUCGGCCAAUCAGGUUACGCCGUUGCCAACUACGACCCCAUCCUGCCGCCUGCCGCCGUCCUGGUGGCAAACUGCAAAUUUACGAGCGCCUUUUCGGCCUAUUCCUGCACGUCUGUCUGCUACCGGUCGGUCGGGUUUCAAUACGACGAGUACGGGAUUCGACCGAACGGGAUGGCGAAUCUACCGAGCAGGGUCCUCCGGCCCUACUCCUACAUGAAAAUCACCCGAACGGACGACGGAACUGAGUUUUUUGCGUACGGAACGGAUAACGAUGACCUGAACAGCAGACCGGCAGGCACGGGGAAAAAACUUCGGUACUUAACCGCGUCGCUUUUAGCCGGGUAUACUUACCGGAUAGAGGUGGUCCCGGCAGAGACUAACAAAUACUUUUACCCGAGUAGCAUGCGGCUGUUGAUGUUUGACUUUCAGGGAUGCUACGGCGCGGUUACCCUAAUCAUCGACUCGCCGAAUUCGCAAAGCAAGUGGAUAACGAACGUGCCUACAGUGCCGUGCGAUUCCGUGGAUGAUACGAGGGUUUAUGAGUAUGUGUGUGGAGAGGGGAAGGCGAGACUCCAGUUGGAUAUUGGAGCGAACAGCACUGGCAGAGGGCUGGCUGUAUUGGACUUUGAUAACAGCACCAGCACCCCUUGCACGGCAGACUCAGGUUGCUCUGCCACCACCGCGUAUCUGCCGCCCUUGUCAGUCUCCCCGCUGGGCGGCACCAUCCUUUUCUGCUGUGGACCCGUUUUUCGAUCCAAGCUUCUACGCCCCCAGCACAGGGAGCAGCAGCAGCAGCAGUAG